UCGCUAAAUUGAAGAAAAAAAAUUUGUCUAUUGAUUCAUAGUUGCCCCACCGAUUUUAUGUUAAAAAUUUAGUUAAAAUCUUGUAAAUUACAAUAAAAGCGUGAGAGUUUUCAACCGCAAAACGAAUAGAUGACAUAAGAAUUACAUAAUUCCAGUUUUUACACAGCCACCAUAUAGGUAUACGACAGAACGAGGAUUUCUCAGUUCCAAUGCAACUCUCCUUUCGCUGAUAGCUUUCGAUCGGAUUUUCGCACGUCCUAAUAAUAAACAAUCGAGUCUUUUCGCGUAUCGCGUCGUUCGGCGAUCGAUCGCCGUGGUGGUGUUGUGGUGCAGUGCGGUGUGGUGCGGAUAGUGCAGUGCGAUGUAUCAGUGAGGCGGCGGAGCUGAUCGCGGAGCCCUGCCAGGGGGUGUCAUGUUGGAGACGCGGUCGGCGCGCGCCGCAGACUCGGUGUGGGCCAACAAGCCGCUGCCGGCGCCGCACGCCAUGGCCAAUGCCAGGCACGGGAAGAAUGCUCAGGAUGAUGUUUGCUACGUGGUAGCAAAGUAUGACUAUGCAGCUCAGGGUGCCCAGGAGCUGGAUUUGCGCAAGAAUGAACGAUACCUCCUCCUCGAUGACUCCAAGCACUGGUGGCGGGUGCAGAAUGCCCGCAGUCAGUCGGGCUAUGUUCCCAGUAACUAUGUGAAGAAGGAAAAGCCUUCACUGUUUGACAGUAUUAAGAAGAAGGUGAAGAAAGGCUCCGGCUCAAAGACGCUCCCGUCGAACUCCUCCCCGGUCCGCGGCGGCGGCGGCGGCGGGGCGGAGUCGCCGGGCGCGCGCCGCGUCGACGCCACCGAAGCCCUAGGUACGGCGGUGGUGAAGUACAAUUACCAAGCGCAGCAGCCGGACGAGCUGUCGCUGACCAAGGGCACGCGCAUCCUCAUCCUGGAGAAGAGCAAUGACGGCUGGUGGCGCGGCCAGUACCAGGGCCACACCGGCUGGUUUCCAUCGAACUACACCAGCGAAGAGGGCGACAAUGAGGACCCGGUGCACACCUACGCGAUGGCAGAAAACGUCCUCGACAUUGUCGUGGCGCUGUACUCGUUCACGUCGAACAACGAGCAGGAGCUGUCGUUCGAGAAGGGCGACCGGCUGGAGAUCGUGGAGCGGCCGCCGUCCGACCCCGAGUGGUACCGCGCGCGCGACUCGCGCGGCCAGCUGGGGCUCGUGCCGCGCAACUACCUGCAGGAGCUCGCCGACUACCUCACGCAGCCCUACAGCGAGGCUGGCGGCGGCGGCGCGCCGGGCGCGGGCGCUCCGCUGGGCACGCGCGCGUGGUACUACGGCGCCAUCACGCGCACGCACUGCGACGCGCUGCUCAACCAGCACGGCCACGACGGGGACUUCCUCAUCCGCGACUCGGAGACCAACGUGGGCGAUUACUCGGUGUCUCUGAAAGCUCCAGGCCGCAACAAACAUUUCCGCGUGCACGUCGAAGGCAGCCUCUACUGCAUCGGCCAGCGCAAGUUCCCGACGCUGGACCAGCUCGUGGCGCACUACCAGCGGGCGCCCAUCUACACCAACAAGCAGGGCGAGAAGCUGUACCUCGUGCGGCCCCUGCCGCGCGCCGGCCAGCCCUGCUGAGCGCCCGCCGCGCCGCCGCGCCCGCCACACUCCCGCGCAGGGUCCCCGAGCGACGACGAGCAGCCGUCGCCGCCCAUGCGCCGGGCGAGCGCUCGCGGCGCGCGCGUGUGCGCCGACGUGCAC